AUGUCAGAAAAAAAAAGAAGGGUUAGGAGGUUUCAGAAACAAACGGAAAAGAUGGUAAAAUUGCUAAAGGAAACACUAGCCGCAGAGGCUGCUGAGGCUGCUGAGGAAGCACGGCUUUUCAAUUUAGAGCACCCCCACCAAGUUGUUUCAAGCACUCCUUUCCAAGAGAAAGAGUUUGGUGAUAAGCCACUUCAAACAAUCAGGGCCAGCAAGGACAUAACUCCAGAUUUGUCUGCCAUUGUUGUCUCUCUUGCUCUGUUUGAUGGAAGCAGGAUGUUAUUUGCAUGCUCUGGCCUAGCUAUACCAUCCGGGACAACUAAACUAGAGCUAAGAAGAUUUGUGACUUCAAGACGUUUGGUUGAGGAAUUUAAUAAAAACCGAAAUAUAGAUGAUAAAUUGAGGAUUGACGUGUGCCUUCCAGAUAAUACACAUAUGGAUGGGUUCUUGGGACUAUAUGAUAAAGAUAUUGCUAUUGUCACGUCCUGCGACUUCACGUAUUGUGCCCCCACGAAAGAUGUCUGUCCUGUAAAUCUGGACCUUCAUGCGCCUCUGCCUUCUGAUGGUAAAAUAAUAGCAGCUGCUCGUGCCUUUGGAUCGGGUCGUUUAAUGGUCACAUCCGGGCUUCUGACUGGAAAUGGUAUUGCAAGAUGGGAACAAAUCACAGAGGCUGCACUUGGAGGGCCACUCGUCGAUCAAGAUGCGAAGUUUCUUGGGGUCAACAUUCGUGUCGAGGGCCCUUCUUCUUGGUUCCUACCACUGAUGGCUCUUUGUAAACGCUUGGAGAAUUUUCAGUUACUCAGUUCUAGAACUACGGACUUCCGUGGAUAUUCCUUGCCUCCAUUUGUAUCAAGCAUAAUCCCUUCAGGGUUCUGGUUUAGAAUUAAGCAGCUAGAUUCCCUUGGUUAUCCCAGGCCACCACCACUUGUUCUUGAAUUCAAUGGGGAAUUGCUCGAGACAUUUGAGGAGAAAUUUGGUCAAUUACUUGCAUGGAAAGGGUAUCCUUACAGCGUUUCAAACCCGCGUUCUAGGGAGUAUGUUUGGCCGCUACUUCCAAGAGACGUUGUUACAAACAUAUCCCGAAGUGUUGUCAAACUUGCGUCGUUCAAUGGAAGCGUGAGGUCUUUUGCAUGCACAGGCUUGCUAAUAAAGUGGCCUGGAACUGAAGGCACACGCACUGUCAUUCUCACUUCGGCAAGUUUAGUUAGAAGUCGUGAUGAUCACUUCAAGAUUGAUAACAACUUAACGAUUGAUGUGUUUCUCCCACCGAAACAACAUGCCAAGGGGACUUUGGUAUUCUACCAUUUAAAUGCUAAUCUUGCUAUUGUCAGUCUUGAUAAGGGUAUCCGUGGCAUUCGUCCAUUUGAUAUUUGCCAUAAAGGGGAUUUAUCUAAACCGGUAGUAGCUAUAGCGCGUAAAAUUGAAGCAGGGUUUUUAAUGGCCUCAAAAGGUGAAGUGGUUGAAUACAAUCCCCGCGACAGUUAUUUUGAAAAGCUUAUGCUGUCCACUUGUAAAAUCAACAAGGCUGGGAUUGGAGGUCCCCUUAUUAAUUUUGAUGGGGCAUUUGUUGGCAUGAAUCACUAUGAUGGAAGUGAAGUAACUCCUUUCAUGCCAAGGCGUGAGAUUGUUCAAAUUCUGAAAGGAGAGGUUAAUUGGCGAAGACAAAGUGGUCUCUCCAUGGACGUACUGCAUGGUGUUGGAUGUGGGAGUCGGAUACACCGGCGAAGGUGGCCUGUUCCCGAGCCAUACUGGUACCAUGGUUUACUUACUAUGGACAAGUAUGAUUUGCACCCGCAUAUUGGAAGACAACUCCAGUAG